AUGAAAGACUCGGACAGUACCACCGCAAGCAACUCUAACUCGGACAACAACCCGAACGACACCUCGGGGCUCCCUGUUACUGGCAUCCCCAGUAUGGCCAGUGAUCGUAAGUCGGACGAUGAUGGCUCGGAAGAGACCAUGGCCCUCUUGAUGCCGCGUCCAGAUCAGAUGCUUUCCAAGAUUGAAAAGCUAAGGGUGGAAAUGGAGUCUCAGCAAGCCCAGAUAAAAGCACAGCAGCAAAGGAUCCUAACUAUGGAGCCGCCUGCGGAUCAGGUGUUUUCCAAGAUUGAACAGCUCGAAGCUCAGCUAGCACAACAGGAAGCCCAGCUGAAUGCCCAGCAGCAAAGGAUCCUCACUAUGGAGCAGGGGCUAAACGCAAAUACUAGUAGCUCAGCUCAUGGUUCCAGCUCUAGCUCACCCACAUCUGCGCCCACAGAUGAUCACGAAGAGCGAAGUCUUGCCCAAGACACCUUUUCUUUUCUGGUGAUUUCUCGACCAUGCGAUACUUCCAUGUGGUGGGGCAUGUCAGUCCUGCUUGUGCAGGUUCUGAUCUUCACGCUGGUUGCCGUCAAUAUCAGUGAUAUUGAUGCCAGCAAAAGCCAAUCCAAUCCAUUAGGGAUACCCGCCAAUGUGGAUUCCGCGGUCCGGUUCACACAAUUCGUUGCCAUUCUCAUUGCUGUCGCUACUCAAGAUGAUAUCCGCACGGCCAUCUUAUUGGCAUACGAUGGAUACAAAACGGAGCACUUUCAACCAUUUGUCGACAAUGGAGCGAAGGUCGCAGUGUCAUUUCCCAAGUGGCUUUGUGCCAUUGUCUUUCGAAUUUUGGAGGGGGGACUUGGGUUGAUUGUCACAUUCUUUCUGAUAGUCCGAGCUGAGGUGGUAGUCGACCUGUUGCUAAACUUCACUGCCAUGGAAUUCAUCUCGCAGCUGGACGAACUUGCAUUCUUUUUGUCCCAGCAAGGCUUUGCAGGAAGGGACAACCAACAGCAGGCAGAACUGAUUGAAAACACCACCUACACGAUCAAAGGAGCCAAGUCCAAAAGGAAGUACCUGUUGCGCAUAGUGCUGCUCCUCGUCAUCUUGCUGUUCAUGCUUGUAGGUUGGGGUGUAGUUGUUCACCAACAAAACUCGGCUCGGUAUUUGUGUAAGGUUCUUCACAUUCAGUUUUCAGAUGAUUUGGUACCGGCAUUGGGAGCCUUUGGUGGCCUCUACGACCUACAACUACCCAGCCGUUCGCUCUUUCCUCAUCAAGUUGUCUAUGUCGAGAAGAGAAGCGGUGGAAGAGCCAAAUUUGGAUACUGCAAGAAGUUAGAAGCUUGGACCUUUGCUUUCGACGAAAGCAAAAACAUUGAUCCGUGUGACUGGCAAGUCAAAUCUCCACCGACUAUUACUUACAACCUGGAAUCUACGGCCUCGCUGCAAUGGGUGGUUAGAAAAGCCGCAGGAAAAGCUCCACUCCAAUUCUUCAGCAUGGCAUGCUACGAUUGUCAAAACCAGAACAGUGAAGAUGUUUGCGGCGGGCGAGGUGUAUGCGUGGACAACUCUUGUCAAUGUGAUACGAAAUCUUAUGGGCUGCGUUGUGAGUUUGAACAACCGUGCUUAACCCUUGAACUUGAUGUUCUCUCUGGUACCUUCGCGGGAACUAGGGAGUGGUCCAGUCACUUUGAGGCUGCUACUCUACCCAGCCUUGACGGGAACAACGCUGCGAGUACUGGUGCCACGACACAAGUCUAUGACCGCCCUGUCUAUAUCAGCGAAACCCGCGAAGGAUUCUUUGACAUUGUCAUGUUCACAGGGCGUCGAUGGGUUGUCACUGAGUCCAAAUGGCUGGCUCUGGGAAACUCUAGUGGCGAUCUUGCAGACCCCAAACUGCGUCUGACUCGAUACCUAUCUGAGUUUCACGCUCACUUCUCCGAGUAUGAAGUAGCAUUCAUCAGUGAGGCAGUGGAUGUUGAUACACCUAAGGAUGCAGCAACCCCGGUUGGAAUAAAGUGGUUCAAAGCUGUGGUCCAUGGCGGACAGAAGGGCAUGCAGGCUUCAGAUUCCAACCGCCCAUUGGACGCCGUCUUGCUUUGUUCCAUCUGUGAAGACUCUACCAAUCCCUGCUUGUACGAUUCUGUUUGCACUAUCAAUGGCACGUGCCAAUGUGUGACUGGCUCAUCGGGUGUGCUAUGUCAAGUUCCACCGCUUGGGAAUGGUCGCUGUGAUCCAUUCUUUAACACAGCUGAGUUUUCGUAUGACAAUGGUGACUGCUGCCCUCAGACGUGCGUGAGCACUAGAGAGAAUACUUGUGGCAAAGGUUCCAAUGGGUUCACCGAUGCUGGAUACUUCUUCUGUCAUGAAACGAACUAUUGGGCGCCAAAUAGCGAACCAGUGGAAUCCAUUAGCCGCAGGGAUGGUCUGUCUGGAGUGCUUGUUGCCCUGUCUCCUUCUGGUUCGUCCCUCGCUGUUGCUGAGCCUGUAGACAAUCUGGUACAAGUUUUUGAUCGCGAUGGAAAACACUGGAUUCAACGGAGCGCUCUAGAGCUUCUGGCUGGAAAAGGAGAAUACUAUGGAUUGCAUAUUGCAAUGGCAGGUGGGUCAGCGAAUGAUGUGAGCACUCCUUCGCAUCCUACCCCGCUUGUGCUUGCAGUCAGUAUGGCCUUGGAUCGCGAAGGAGAUGGAACGAUAUGGAUUGUCCGUGUUUUUUACUGCUGGGCACAGGGCUGUCAACAGGCGGGAUCUGAUCUUGAUGCAGGUGGCCGUGUCUUUGCUCUAUCCGAUGACGGAAGGUUGCUGGCAGUUCGGAGUGCUGACACACGCCAACGUGUUGACGUGUACUACCGCAGUGAGUUAUUUAAUCCAAGUUCGUUUAUUCCUAUCCCUUAUCUGGAAAGAAUAAAUGAUCACAACAUGAGGCUUGUCCUCUCACUGUCAAGUUCGGGUAGCACAAUUGCGGUUGCCAGCAAUCAAGUCUCGUUGGGUCCGGAUAUGGUUGUGCAAGUAUUCAGCACACCACGGCCAUGGGUUUUUGGAGCACGGUGGGAGCAGCAAGGCAGUUCAAUUGUGUUGCAUGACGGCUAUUCUACGAGUGAAACUGUAUCAGAUUAUUAUGAGCUUUUUGAUUUACAGAACAUGGCCCUUUCGGGCGACGGGAUGGUCAUUGCCAUUGGCGCUUAUUUUGAUGAUCAUAAUAUCACAGGAGUCCAAGUUUACUGUUGGGAGGGAGAGGAUUGGGAGAAGCGCGGAAGCCUCUUGGUUGGAGACAUGCAAGACGACAAGGUUGCGGAAUAUUCGGUAGACUUGUCUAACGAUGGAUCCAUUGUUGUUGUGGGAACCAACAAUGACGGCGCGGCUAUUCAGAGCUACGUUUGGAAUGGUACAGACUACCAGCUGUUAGGCAGCAACAUGAAUGGCGGCGAUUCGACUUCCCUUUCCAAUGAUGGUUCCAUUCUGGCUGUUGGUAUUCCCAAGUUCACAUCUGUCUACAAAUAUCGAACGGAAUGCCCCAGAAACCUGUCUCUUUUUCGUGUUUCCUUCACUACAGAUGAAAGGGAGUUUGAACUGGUUGGAUGGCAUCUGACAGAUGUUGGGUCCGGUGAAGAGAGAUUAACGGGUGGGCCCUAUCGUGGUUACCCGCCAUUCUCGACGCUUGGGGACGAAGUAUGCGUGGAUUUAAAAAAUGGAUGUUUCCUUUUCACUAUUCAUUACACCGCCAAUUGGGUUAGCCCUCUUGUUGAGAGCCCUGUGGACAGACUUGAUCCACCCGUUGGCUACCGCAUUUUUGUGGACGGAGAGGAGGAUCUCAGGGACACUUCGUCAUGGGACAAGGGCUACCAAGAACACCACUUUGGAAAGUGUUCGGGUUGCCUGGAAGGAGAGUCACUCUUUAGAGUUGAGUUGCGACAGCCUCAAUAUAAGCUUGGCCCAGUGGAAUGGUCUCUCAGAGACUCGUUCAAAGUCAUCAGUGCAGGAGGCCCUUUCCAUUCUACUUAUCGACAAACAGAUGUUGUUGAGCACUGUAUACCAGCUUUGACAGAUUGUGCUACAUUUUCUGUGACGUAUCAGGACAGUUGCCGUUCACCAUUGGCUCUCGUACCAGUACACUAUGCUGUGUUUGUGGACGGACAAACAUUGGUCAACUCUACCGCAAAUGUUCACUGUGGUUCACAAGCUCGCUAUCCUUUGGGGGAUUGUUCGCCUGGAAUAGUGGUCCCCAAGAACCCUCCCAUCCAAUGCAACCUCGACAAUAGUUCUCUUGUCAUCACUGCCCGAGCCACGUAUCCAAGUUCCUUUGCGUGGCACAUAAAGUCUUGUUCGGGUGAUUUGAUCCUCGAGAGGGGACCCUACAAUUCAACUGACUUUGACAUGGUGCAUGUGGCAGAAGCGUGCGUUCCCAGUGAUGGUUGCUUAUCCUUCUCGCUUCAAUACCCUGGACGCUACCCCCAGGUUGGCCCCGGAUUGAACUAUAGCGUUUCUAUGGCUGGCGAGCUCGCCUUGGUUGGAGAAUGGGAUGAUUCCGUUGCUCCACCUCCAGUUACAAUUGGGAACUGCACCUGCCCGGUGUUAGAAGAAGAAGAAAGCAUCUUUGUUGAAUUUCUGCUUGUGCAUUCUGUUUCUAGGGCUAUUCCUGACAGUGAAUCCUGGGGUUGCUUGAUAGAAGGAUUGCAGACUGAGAUUAACAAUUUCUAUGGGUCGCUGCUCUCCUCUUCGUCGCUUCCUUUCAUCUUUGAGUCCUUUGAUACAGUGGUGCAGAAUAUUACCUACCUGCAUAGUUGGCGGAAUUUGCGAUUGUGGGUAGAUUUUAUUGCAAACAUCAGCUUCAAGAGCGGCGACAUACCCAAUGGAACUGAAAUUUUGGAGAUACUCAGGGAAGCUGACUACACCGAGUACAUUCAGCGGUAUGUCUGGCACGCAUCUGAUGGUUUUCUACCAUCCGUUUGCUGGUACGCAGAGGAUGCCACUUUCGAAGCUGGAUGCGUAUUCUCUGGCGAUCAGCCCAAUGAGGACUUGAACGAUGGGUGUGGAAUCCAAGGGUCUAUGCAAGGUGAAAUCUGGUACGAAGGCAACGCCUCGGCUUUUUUCGGUACCAGGUAG